AUGGUGUGCCGUGUUGUUCCUUACUAUCCUUAUGAAGAAUCAGUUCCACCAAUAAAAGAAUUUCUCGUAGAUACGCAAAGAAUUAUUAUUUAUCUUACGGGUGAUGUUCGGCUUCACACCGGUGGCCAUCCAUUUGUCUUCGGCUCUGUGAUGACAUUCCUUCUGUACAGAGACAAUCCCAUGUCUAUGCUCCACUACAUAAACUAUACACUACAAAUCGACAUAGGCAACGCAUUACUGGACAACGAACGGUACAUCACACCAAGACAUGCACGAAUGAGAACGUUCACACUGCCCCAAAACCGUGACUGGAUACCAUGGCUCAACUCUAUUCCUAAUCUUUUCAACACAGGAGAGUUCGUUCUACUCUGGGAAGAGCCUAGGAAGAACUUUUCAAGAAGACGCAGAGGAAGAACCAGAGUAUUCCUGCUUGAUCUCAAAACAGUCCAUAUGCAUGUGAUUCACACCUCUUUACUCAAGAAGGAUUUCAUAUGUAUUCACCCGAGUGGAGCAGUGCACACAUUCAUUCAAACUGUAUCCGGCAUGAAGAUGAAGUCGAAUAAUAUACGCUUCCGACCACAAUCGCUAGAAAAACUCUGUCAACAAGAACUCAUCCGAGAUAUUUCAAAAACUACCCCCACCCUCCUUGAGCUCUGUAAAUUUGCUUUUUCCACAAAAAUAGCCAGUUACUGU